CAGCAGAUGCGCGGCGCGUGGUCAUCGAUUGUCACCACAUCUGAGUGGACGACGGCAAUCUGGUGAACACCGCACAUGAUUGCUUGUCUCUCCGUUUCGAUUACCCAACCCCCCAAAAGGCACCUACUUCACGUCGUACACGUGCACCCUCGUGAUAUCGAUUCUCUUUGAAGCGGCGGAGACUUUCCCUAUCCUUGCCGUUUUUGAUUUGACUGGUCUCGCGGAGCCGGCGCAUUGCGGGAGCAGUGAAUGACGGAGAUUCCGACAAGGGCUACCGGCGACGACGCAACGAGCACCCCGACCUUCAGGCGGCUGGCGGGGAGGACUGAUUCCCUUUGACAAACACAAAUCAACGCCUCACUGCUUUAACGAGCCUCGAGACGAUCGGCUGCGAACAUCGUUACCGGUCCACCCGCAUCCCCCCCCCAAGAACUGCACGACGGCCGUCCGCUCUCUCUUCAGCUCGACUUUGCCAACUCCCUCCACCCUCGCCGACGGCCCGAGAUGGAGCGCAUCAGGGAACUGCUAGGGAAGCACCGCAAGCCGGAUCGCCAGGAGUAUGAGCCGCUGGCCGAAGAGGGCCGCGAGCUCGAGGGCUCCACGUUGACGGAAGACCUUGAGGAGGUGCCCUUCUCCUGGACCGAGUACAUCAUGUUUGCGUGGUUGGGCAUGGCGAUGCUGUGGGCAUGGAACAUGUUCCUCGCGGCCGCGCCCUACUUCCAAGUCCGCUUCCAGUCCGACGCCUGGAUCUCGCAAAACUUCCAGUCCGCCAUCCUCACCGUCUCGACGCUGACCAACCUCACGGCCAUGCUGGUCCUCACAAACAUCCAGUACGCCGCCUCGUACCCCUUCCGCAUCAACCUCGCCCUGCUCCUCAACUGCGUCAUCUUCUCCCUCCUGACGGCCUCCACCUCGCUCGCCCUCGACGCCUCCCCGGCCGCCUACCUGGCAUUCAUCCUCGUCAUGGUCGCCUCGAGCUCCUGGGCCACCGGCCUCAUCCAGAACGGCGCCUUCGCCUUCGCCGCCUCCUUCGGCCGCCCGGAGUACAUGCAGGCCCUCAUGGCCGGCCAGGGCGUCGCCGGCGUGCUGCCCCCGAUCGCCCAGGUCAUCACCGUCCUCGCCGUCCCGGAGAAGGAUGGCGCCGCCGCCGACACGGGCGGCGACGCCAGAACCCUGAGCUCCUCGGCCUUUGUCUAUUUCCUCGCCGCCGUAGCCGUCUCCGUCUCGGCCCUCGCCGCCUUCAUCCCGCUCGUCCGCCGCCACAACCACAUCGUCGAGUCCCGCAUGGUCGACCACAUGGCCGAGUCGCUGACUUCGGUCCAGGAGGCGGAGCGCGCCGCCCGCAAGGUCGUCUCCCCGCUCCGCCUCCUCAAGAAGCUGCACUGGCUCGCCGGCGCCAUCUUCAUGUGCUUCGCCGUCGCCAUGUUCUUCCCCGUCUUCACCGGCAAGAUCCUCUCGGUGCGCUACCCGGGCGACGAGAAGUCCCCCACCGGCUCUCUCUUCCGCCCGGCCGCCUUCAUCCCGCUCGCCUUCUUCGCCUGGAACCUCGGCGACCUCUCCGGCCGCAUGGCCACCAUCCUGCCCUUCUCCCUGCGCCACCGGCCCGCCGCCCUCUUCGCCGUGAGCCUCGUGCGCAUGGGCUUCCUGCCGAUGUAUCUGCUCUGCAACAUUGGCGGCCGGGGCGCCGUCGUCAGCAGCGACUUCUUCUACCUUGUCAUCGUCCAGUUCCUCUUCGGACUGACCAACGGCUGGCUGGGCUCGAGCUGCAUGAUGGCCGCCGGCGAGUGGGUCGAGGAGGGCGAGCGUGAGGCGACGGGCGGCUUCAUGGGCCUGUGCCUCGUGGCCGGGUUGACGACGGGCAGUCUUUUGAGCUUCACGGCCGGCGGCAUUUAGUUGGCUUCACUGCAUGGGUACGGCGUUAUGAGUGUGUGUGUGUGUGUGUGUAUUUGUUUGUGUGCGCAUGAUGGACAAACAGCUUGCAUACGCUGCCUGGGCUUACUCCGAGCGGAGUUUUGGGAUAUGGAACAUGGGAAUCAACCAUGAUGAUCUGGUCAUGAUAGGUAGCUA